UGUUAAGGUGCACAAAGCACAAGGUACUGGCUACACUGUUGAAGCCUUGAAAAAAUGAUGCUUGACCUCUCUAUAAAUAUUAAAUAGGGAAUAUCAUAGGCUCAUUCAUUCUGUUUCGCAGUAUAACUCAUAUCCUUGUCUGUCUCUUCUUUAUUUGUUUACGUGUUUCAACUUUUUUUCUUUCUUUCUUUCAAACAACAACCAACGUGUUUCUUGAGGAAGAAGAAGAAGAUGGGAUUUAUUGACAAGGAGAAGAUAGUAGUUGUACUUGUAAUGUUGCUGUUUUUGACGAUUAAUGGAGCACUGGGUGCAGCUCCAAGAAAGGCCAUUGAUGUGCCAUUCGGAAGAAACUAUGUACCAACUUGGGCUUUUGACCACAUUUACUUUAAUGGAGGCAAUCAGAUUCAGCUUCUACUUGAUAAUUAUACUGGUACUGGAUUCCAAUCCAAAGGAUCAUACUUGUUCGGACACUUCAGCAUGCAUAUCAAACUGGUUGGAGGAGAUUCUGCUGGAACCGUCACUGCCUUUUAUUUGUCAUCACAAAAUUCAGAGCACGACGAGGUAGACUUUGAGUUCCUGGGAAACCGGACCGGGCAACCGUAUAUUCUACAGACUAAUGUAUUCACCGGAGGAAAGGGAGACAGAGAGCAAAGAAUUUAUCUGUGGUUUGAUCCAACCAAAGACUUCCAUAGAUACUCCAUUCUGUGGAAUCUUUAUCAGAUAGUGUUCUUUGUGGAUGACACGCCAAUUAGAGUGUUCAAAAAUUGCAAAGAUUUGGGAGUGAAAUUCCCGUUCAACCAACCAAUGGAAAUGUACUCGAGCUUGUGGAAUGCAGAUGAUUGGGCUACAAGGGGGGGAUUAGAGAAAACAGAUUGGUCAAAGGCUCCAUUUGUGGCAGCUUACAAAGGAUUCCAUAUUGACGGUUGCGAGGCCUCCGUUGAGGCCAACUUUUGUGCAACUCAAGGAAAGAGAUGGUGGGAUCAAAAGGAAUUCAGAGACCUUGAUUCUUUUCAAUUUAGGAGAUUGAGGUGGGUUCGCUCCAAAUUUACUAUCUACAAUUACUGUAAGGAUAGAGUUAGAUAUCCAACCAUUCCUCCUGAAUGUUCCAGAGACAGAGACUUGUAUUGAUCUCAUUCAUCUAUGUUAAAUUCUACUACCAAUAUUGUUUUGGGUGUUUCCUUUAUUGUGUGUAAUAUCAUUGAUCCUUCUGGUUUUGAA